AUGAUCCAGGAGGAGACGAAGAAGUCGACUGCAGCCGACGCUAAGCCAGCCGUUGUGACCGCCGAGUCUGUGCCGACUCCGGAGCCGGAGGAGAAGUACGAGAUUAUUUCUGACGAGGAAGACGGCCCUUCUGAGGCUGAAUCUAAGGCUACUAAGGCACCUGAGAUGUCCAAGAGGGAUAAGCGGCGAGCUCGUGAGGCGCGCAAGAAGGCCGAGGAGGAGGAGCGGAAAGCCGCCGCAAAGGAGGCUCGGAAAGCCGCGAAAAAGGCCGGCGGCGGUGCACCGCCUCCGCCUCCGCUGAGCAAGAAAGAGAAGGAGGUUGCCAGCUUUGUGCAGCCCAAGCGCAAAGGUGACAAGGGCAAGGGGAAGGGCAAGAAGGUCGAGGAGAAGGCUGUCACGCAGCAGGACAUCGAGAAGGUCGCCGAGGAGGUCAACUCUCUGAGGUCGAAGAUGACCGACAAGUGGGCGGAAGACUGGACCGGCAUGGUCGGAAGAGUCCGAGAUGUCUUCGGCGAUGUUGCGGAAAUGGUAGUUCUGUGUCUCGGUCUCGGAAAGCCGUUUGGAGACCGCACAGCCAAGAUUCAGCUGGCGUUCAUCCUGGAAUUGGCCGCAGGUCUUGGCGCCGAAGCUUCGGCGAUCAGGGCCUUUGACCCUGUAUUUGAGGACGGCGAUGUUCAGCUUCUCAAGGCCCUUGGAUGCGAAGUGAUGGAGGAGAACUUGCGAGGUGCGCAUCCUCUUAGCGACAAGCCGCACCUGGUGUACAUGCCGCACUGCUCGAAGCCGCUUUAUGAGUCGUUCCUGCAGACAAACUUCUCUCCGCGGCUGGCCGAGAACCCGCGCUGUCUGCUCUUAGGCAAUGACCUUGGCGAUUACGUUCCAGGGUUCGUGCGGGUCACCGCCAAGGAAGACGAUGAAGAGCCAGCGGAGGAGUUUGUGAAGCCUAAGAAAAAGCGGAAGAACCGUGGCAUGGCCGCCCCUCCUCCAGUGGACAGCGUCCUCCGUCGUCUUGUGCCGCACUUUGAGGUCUUCAUGCUGUCUGAGCUCCCCGAAACGAACCUUCCCGGGUUCGCGCGUGCAUUCUUGUCGACCGGCUUCCAAUGGGUGCCGCUGGAUAAAAAGGAUGCCGUCGAUUGGACAACACCGUUGCCACCAGUCGAAUGGCCCGAGGAUGGCGAGGUGGCGUAA